GUAAUUUGUUGGACGAAUGUCACGUGUCGAAAGAGCUACCGCGAGCGUUACCAUCAGACAGUUAGUGAAGUCAUAUACAGAGAACGUUACUCUAUAGAUUGUGGAAAGUGAUUUACCGAGAAAGUUAAGCCACACGUGAAGGAAGUGUGAUUUAUCAAGAACAUUACGCUAUAGGUUACCAGUGAAAAGUGAUUUACUUGUUAGUCUAAAGGUGAUUGGAAAGUGUUUUUGUGAAAAGUGAGUUACAGAGAAAAGUUAACGCCCUGUUUAGAGGAAAAAAUGGCGUACGGAGAAUGUUACACUAGUCACUUCCCAGUUCGGCCAGUUGUGGUGUUUGCUGUCAGCUGUUUAACAAUGAAUUAAAUCGCCCUCAUAACCUGCCCUGCUCCCAUCAUUUUUGCGCUAAGUGUAUUGAUGACCUCAUUGCCCAAGAUGCGAUGGCUUGUCCCAAUUGCCAGAAAAGUUUUAAAGUCAAAUCGGCCGGAGAUUUAAUGGUCAAUCAUGCACUGAUUGACUGCAUCAAUUCAUUUUUAGCAGUGAAAAGAAAACCCAGUAAACUUGGGAGUAAGAAGAAUGCCAGGUACCAGGAAAGAAUCGAUGGUCUUAAAGAGGAGGUCUGCAAAAGUAACGAAGAAGUCAUGGCGGAUCUUAAGCACAUGAAGGAAGACGUUGAAAGGCUUAUGAAGGGUGAGGAACAAUUUCAGACGUCUCUUUCAACUCUGAGACGCUACCUCAGUGAAGAUGUUCUUGCUCAUUUUCAAAAGCUAAUAUCUAAGAUCGAUGAGCAUCAUCAGAAGUCCAGCAAUGCUCGUCUCAAGUUGAAAGACUCUUUGAAAGAUAUAUUGAAAAAUGAAGGAAAACUUGUAUCUGCAAGAAAGGUACUGGACUCUGCUUCAACUUUGGAAGAUACUUCUGCUGUUAUUGAUGAAACGGAGGAUAUCAAUAUGGACGUCAGAGACUGGACAGAUAAUUUAAAAGAAUAUGUAGCAAAUGAGGACAACCAACUUCAGGAAAGAAACAAGGAACUGAAGGUAUCUGAAAAAUUUCAUAGCAAGCUUAUGAAAUUGCUGAUCAGUGAACCUGAAGAAGAUGCUUUCCAUCUCAUCCCUAUCACAGGAGUUGCUGCAAGCAAGAUGGAUCUUUCAAGUCAAGUAACAGCUAUAGGGCUCUGGGAAAUGAGCAUCCCUGUAAAAAUUCUAGUAGAGGAAGGACGAGUCUUUGCACUCCAGGAAAAGGAUAACACAAGAAAGUCUGCCAAAAUCACUAUUGAAAAUGGAGAGCUGCUCCUGUAUAGUUUACAAGACGAAGAAGAACCUGUCCCUAAUGCCUAUUAUGUGCAGUAUGAAGAUGUUCUGGGCCUAGCCAUCUCUAAAAGUACAGUCUUCCUGGACUUGGAGACUAAAGGAUUGUCAGUUGGAAGAGUCUCCAUCCUUCUCAAUGACAACGGUAGACACUACGACAUUCAUAAACACUUCACAGGUGGCUCAGGAGAAAGCUAUUCCGGUACACCCUUGCAAAUAGCUAACAGAGGGCAGCUUUGGGAACGAGCUUUGUUUGGUUACCAGAUAUCUGAAGUAGUAAGUGGGGAUGUAGCAGAUUUUUCUCUGGAACAUAACCAUGUCACCCCAGGCAACAGGGGGAUAGUUUGGAACUUGAAUCAUUCCAGGACACCACCACUGUUUGGUAUCCAUAUGGGUCCAUGUGCGCUCAGCUAUGGUGGACACAUGGGCAAUGUGGAAGAAGGUAUGGACAUCCUGAGUGAUGCCCUUCACUGGUCUAAGGAUAUAAAGGAGGUUAAGGUUAGCCAGUGUGGUUUGGUAUUACCUACCAAAGGUGCUGUUGCCAGCUAAUUUGGUUUCAAAUAGUUUGGUUGGGAGCCAGUAUAGUAUAUCCAGUUUAUUUUGAAAAUUAAGUUACUGUAUCAUGUUCAGUUAGAAACUGAAGGUAAGUUAUUUCGAUAUCAUAUCAAAAGUUUGUAUUUUAAGACAACAACAAUUAAGUUAUUUAUAUCGGAAUAUUAGUAGUAAUGUAGGAUACCCUGCAACAAUGAAAAAUGUUCAUUGUUGGAGAGAUUCUCAUCUUUGAACAGGUUUGUGAUUGAGACUAUUGUUGGGAUUAAGUCUUGAAAUAUCUGAAAAUGGAAAUCUGUAUAUGUACUUUAUUGAUUCCUUGCAAAAUAGGGCACAACUAAAAGAAAUGAUGAAUGUGAGGAUUGCUGAUGCUAUGGUAAAUUUCUAAACUUUCUAUUAAGAUUUUCAUUUGUUCCUACAUGGUAUACAAACCCUAG